GGCGGGGGUGGUUGCCAUGGUGACCGCGGCCUAGCGGUAUCCGCCAUGUCCUUCGUGCGCGACGAGAGCGACCCGGGGCCGCUCGGGGCGCUGCAGAGGCGCCGCGUGGCCGAGCUGCUGGCCAGCACCGUCCCCGAGGACGAGGCGCUGCUGCUGCGUGACGGCAGGCUGGCGUGCUCGCUGUGUCCCCAGCGGCCCGUGUGUGACACUCUGCAGAUGCUGGUGCUGCACAGGGCGGGCAGGAAGCACCUGGACAGUGAGUGCAGGGUCCCCGUGUCACCUGUGUCUAUCCUUGGGUCACCUGUCCUGUCCCUGUGUCACCUGUAUCUGUCCUUGUGUCACCUGUAUCUGUCCUUGUGUCACCUGUAUCUGUCCUUGUGUCAUCUGUCCUGUCCCUGUGUCACCUGUAUCUGUCCUUGUGUCACCUGUAUCUGUCCUUGUGUCAUCUGUCCUGUCCCUGUGUCACCUGUAUCUGUCCUUGUGUCACCUGUCCUGUCCUUGGGUCACCUGUGUCUGUUCUUGUGUCACUUGUCCCGUCCCUGUGUCACCUGUCCUGUCCCCGUGUAACCUGUCCUGUCCCCUGUCCUGCUGUCCCCAGGUGUCCCCCUGUCCCCAGGUGUCCCCUCUCUGUCCCCAGGCCUGCAGCGUUCCUAUGGCCGGCCCCGCCCUCCCCAGGUGACACCACAGGGACCCCAGGUGAC